AUGAAAAACACCGUUCACGUAAUUGACGUGGAAAGUGGUAAUUUGCAAUCGCUUUCGAAUGCGAUUAAAUUCAUUGGAGAGAACGAAAUAGUUUUCAUUCACGAUGCUACUGAGUUUGAGGAACUCGACUCCAAAAUCACCAAAUUGAUCUUCCCUGGCGUUGGUAAUUAUGGCCACUUUGUUAAAGAAUUGACGAACAGGAAAUUAGUUGGUCCGAUUAAAAGAUAUAUCCAAAGUGGCCGAGACAUUAUGGGCAUUUGCGUUGGUCUUCAGGCGUUUUUUGACUCAUCCGAGGAGAGUCCUGGUGUUGAAGCCAUUGGAUACCUUAAUAUGGACUUGUUUAAGUUUGACACGAAUGAUGACUUGUUUCGGAUAAGAGGUCAGAAAAAAGCGGUACCUCACAUCGGCUGGAACAAAGUAAAUGAGAUACACCAAGGAAAAGAGAUUUUGAAGCCUCAAGAAACAUUCUUCAACAUCAAUACGUCCAGUAAGUACUAUUUUGUCCAUUCUUAUGCCGCAAUUUUAAAGAAUGACAAAUCUCAUCAAGCAGUACGGAAUGCACAAGAGAAUGGAUGGGAUUUUGCCUUUGCAAAAUAUGGCUCUGAAACUUUUAUUGCGGCAGUGGCUUACAAAGGAUUAUUUGCUACUCAGUUCCAUCCAGAAAAAUCUGGAAUUGCAGGAUUGAGAGUUAUUAAAGCCUUCUUAAGUGGACAAAAAAGUGACGCUACUUACCCGUCAGUUCAGCAAGCACCCAAUGACGUUGAGAUGAAUAUAAGUGGAUUGUCAAAGAGAAUCAUCGCGUGUUUGGAUGUUCGUACAAAUGAUGAAGGGGACCUCGUUGUGACUAAGGGUGACCAAUAUAAUGUCAGAGAGUCAAAUGAAGGAUCCGAAGGUCAAAUCCGAAACUUGGGAAAGCCAGUGGAGCUUGCCACAAGAUACUAUCUCCAAGGAGCAGAUGAGGUCACAUUCUUGAAUAUUACAUCUUUCAGGAAUUCACCCAUUAAGGACUUGCCUAUGCUUGAAAUUUUAAGAAGAUCCGCAGAAAGAAUAUUUGUCCCUUUAACGGUUGGCGGGGGCAUAAAAGAUUUGGUCGAUCCGGUUUCAGGUGAAGUUUAUCCCGCCGUCAAAGUGGCCGAUCUUUACUUCAGGUCUGGAGCAGACAAAGUCAGCAUAGGGUCGGAGGCUGUCAUAAUCGCUGAGAAUUACUAUAAAAACGGAAAGAAGAAAAGUGGUUUGUCAGCAAUUGAAACGAUUUCGGCAUGUUUCGGAAAUCAGGCAGUGGUCAUUUCUGUAGACCCGAAGAGAAAAUAUGUCACAUCGCCCUCAGAUACUCCUAUGGCAACAAUCAAGAUUAUGGAUCCAGCCAAGUAUGGGCCAAAUGGUGAGGAAUAUUGUUACUAUCAAGUAACUUCUCAAGGCGGUAGAAAAACCCACGAACUUGGUGCACUUGAGCUAUGUAUUGCUUGUGAAGACUUAGGGGCUGGCGAAAUAUUAUUGAACUCUAUCGAUAACGAUGGUUCAAAUAAUGGUUUUAACUUGGAAUUGUUGAGACAAAUCAAGGAGAAUGUUUCUAUCCCUGUGAUAGCAAGCUCAGGGGCUGGUACCCCAGAACAUUUUGAAGAAGUUUUCAGAAUGGACUGUGGAAUUGAUGCUGCUCUUGGAGCUGGAAUGUUUCACAGAGGCGAUUAUGAAGUUAACACCGUAAAGAAGUACUUACAAGAGCAUGGUAAGAUGGAUGUUAGAUUAGACAUGGACUUAAAACUUUGA